AUGGAUCGCCAUGUGGUGCUAGACUGGUACAACGACCUAGACGCUCGAGUUGUGGACCUCGUUGGUGACUUCGCCGGCGACGAACUUUUCAUAAUCGACGGUGAUUCACUUCUACUUGAAUGCUUUUCCCACAAGAACCUCAACUUCAACCCGGGGUUCCAGAUUCUACAUGCGACUUACCUUGCCGAGAAGCUGUUGCAGAAGCUUCAACAGCGCAAGUGUGUCUUCCAAGUUGUGUUCUUCGAGCAGAAUGCCCCAUUAUGCAUUCCCCUAGGUGUGCACAGCGACCUUCACGACAGGUACUUCCUCGCCCGCGAGGCAAUCAUUCAACAUCUUAUCGCCAUCCGUGUCCAGCCUUCACAAUUCUUCCAAACUCUCAGAUUUCACAGUUAUGAAUCCGAUGAGUUCAAAGCUCAUCUGCUGAGCUCAGGAGCUUAUUUGUUUAUGUGCCAUGACGGGGCCUCGUCUCCAUACAGAAAUGGUGAUACGGCCAGUGAUACAGAUACCAGCGACUCCGAGAAUGAAUCCAGCAAUGAUGAGCUCGAAUAUGGUCACAGCAAAGACACAUACGUUGAUAAGCGAGGGGAGAUCUCAAGGUUCACGUUCCGCAUGAUGAUCUACUGGUUCGUUGAACAAGGAUACAAUCUUUCUCUUAUUAACAGUCUCGAAUUCCGCGACACAAAGGUCAUGGGAAUGAUCAUCGAAAAGUCCAUGAAAACAUUCAGCACAUUGCCGGACUUCCCCGCAACAGACAGCACUCAAACGGUCGGUCAAAAGCAAGAGCAACACACCGACCCGAACCAUUUGUGGAAAGCACUUUCCGAACUGAAGCUAGAGAACUAUCAAGACCAAGGCAAGGAUGUGACGGAAAAUUCCGACGUCAAAGAACUGUCAGAUCUUGCCCCCAUAGGCAAAGCCCUUGAACUAGUCAUUGGAGAGCCCGGGCUGUCGCAGCGCCAAUGCCUUCUUGUAGUCACUCUGAGCACUAUGCUUGUGGGCGAUAAAGCAGACGACCGCGACACUAGGAUCGGAGCAGAAGCCGUACUUCUGCACCUUGCCCUACUGCAGGAUGCCCGACUAUCGGAUCGAUCCAUCACAUCCGCCAAGCCGAAGAACCUGAGAUUUUUCAACCAGUUUGUGAAAAGGGCGAAUGCCUUGCUUAGCUCAAAGCUCUGGGAAGAGGCUAUGAAGCACCAUGACUUGCCUUGCGACCUUUCCGAUCUCAUGGAUGGAACUUUGUUCUUCCAAGUCCAGCUUAUGGUGGAGAAUCUCGGCAUCAAUAGUGUCCUCUCGCCCGUCACCAUUUCGUCUUUCAACAACCUUGCGCGCUUGGUGGACCAUAUUUGCAACACAAAAUUACAAUGUGAGGCAAGUGGGGAUGUUAUUGUCGGUCCUGGCAAAGAUGUCAACGGCAAAUCGGCACCCGAGAAGCGUUUAGUCCCAAAUUUCUUGCACUGCUUCGAAAAAGUGCUGCCGUUUAGCAACCCAGUUUUUGAUGAACACUUGAAGCCCGUUCACCUUGCCGUGGACGAUUCUGUUGACAUGGAAAGUGACGGGAAAUUUGCCCAAGGAUUUGAGGAAAAGAGCCACUGGCAUACCUCAAAACCUCUUGAUCAGAAGAAGAUCAUCCUGACGCCGCAGCAGGCUUCUCGAGCUCUCAAGCGGAACCAAUUCUUUAUGGCCGAGAUGCGAGACUAUGCUGCGAGCCUCACGGGAUCAGCUGGCAUAUUGCAGCCAGAGCCGAUUAUUGUCGGGCCUUCCAGCGAUACUCGCCAGAAGUCUCACCAAAAGCCUCCAUCAACCACCAAAGACAUCGAGACAUCUUCGAAAUCCAAAAAGAAACUCCAGCCUUCUACAGGUAAAGCCAGUAGUACCAGAGAGAGCGCCGCGGCAUAUCUUCAACAGAAGGCAAAGGAAGCGACCCAAAAACAGAGGCAGAAAUGGAAGAAGGUCUUCGAUGACGAGUUUGCGCAAAGCAGCAAUCUGGUGACUCGUUUCACAAAGCUCAACGAAUACUUGAACGGUCUAUCAAAGGAAAGUCGGCAGGUCCUCGAGGCCGAAGUCCUGACUUGCAUGGUUGAUACGUUGGUCCGAGUCAUCUCUUCCGAAAAGCUAGAUGCCCAGGCUGAAAAGCACAUUUCAGUUGUGACAACCAUAUGGCAAAUUGCCACCCGUCUCAUGAAAAUCAAGCAGGGCAUCUCUGUUGCUAUCGCGAAAUACAUUGGGACGAUCUCUCAGCUACUUGGCUUGCCAGCGGUCCAGCUCCGUGCGGACACUGACAGCCCGCUAUCUUUCAAAUUGUUCGAAAUUCCCACCAGAGCACCGAGCAUGAAAAUUGCAAUGACUCCAGUGGAAUUUCAGCUUUUGCAUGGCGGGCCUUUCAUGGACCGCAGCAUAGACUCAAAACCCGAUUCCCGGACGCCUGAUUUCGAGCCCGACAGCUGGCAGCGCGACGUCUUGGACCAAAUAGAUGCAAAGAAGAGUGCUUUCAUUGUGGCUCCGACGAGUGCAGGAAAGACAUUCAUCUCGUUCUACGCGAUGCGACAGGUAUUGAAGGAAGACAAUGACGGAAUCCUCGUCUAUGUCGCUCCCACAAAGGCCCUCGUCAAUCAGAUUGCAGCAGAAGUGCAAGCCCGUUUUUCCAAAACAUUCCCUGCCAAAACAACCGGAAAGUCGGUUUGGGCUAUCCACACAAGGGACUAUCGCAUUAACAACCCCAUGGGCUGCCAAAUCCUCGUCACGGUUCCCGAAAUUCUCCAGAUCAUGCUGCUCGCUCCCGCAAAUGCCAAUGCAUGGACUCCACGAAUCAAGCGGAUUAUCUUCGAUGAGAUUCACUGUAUCGGUCAAGCUGAGGAUGGUGUCAUUUGGGAGCAACUGUUACUCAUGGCUCCAUGCCCCAUCAUCGCUCUAUCUGCUACUAUUGGAAAUCCCGACGAGUUCUACGAUUGGUUGCAUUCUGCACAGCGCACGAACGGAAUUGAUCUUAAGAUGAUUCAGCAUCGGCAUCGAUACUCCGAUCUGCGAAAGUACGUUUACCAGCCUCGUACGAACUUCUCAUUCAAUGGGUUCCCCAGCACUGUUAGCUUGCCACGCCUGGGUCUGGAUCACGCAGGAGACAUGACUUUCAUACAUCCCGUCACCAGUCUCGUGGACCGUACCAGAUCGAUACCAGAUGACCUUGAUCUUGAGCCCCGCGACUGCUUUACUUUAUGGAAAGCAAUGAAGGGGCUACAAACAGCUCGCUUCCCCGUUGACCCGUCUCUGGAUCCAUCUGUCUUUUUCUCUGAUGGUGUCAUCCAGAAAAUCCAUGUCAUCGAAUGGCAAAGGCACCUCAAAGUGUUGUUGGGACAGUGGAUGAAAGAUCAUGAUUCUCCCUUUGAGCUCCUCCAACGCAGCCUCGAUCCCGCAGCAGAAUCUGAGGGGAAAGCAGACGAGAAUUCAUCUAAGGCUGUAUCUCAGCUGAAUAGCCCGUCUGAUGACCUAGUCAACACAACACUUCCUCUGAUAUUUUCCUUGCAUGCCCAGAAUGCUCUCCCGGCGCUGUUUUUCAAUUACGACCGCACUGCAUGUGAAGAUAUUUGCCAACAGCUUUCGACAAAGCUACAAGAGUCUGAGGCCAAGUGGAAAGAGGAAAGCCCGAAGUGGAAAGACAAGGUUGAGAGAUGGGAAAAGUGGAAGACAUCCAAGAGUUCAGGAAAGAAGAAGCUCGAAAAAGCGACGAAGAAGAGAGCAGGAAACGAAGGUGAUGAGACGAUGUCCAAAGCAGACCAAGCCAAAGAUUCAGCAUCUUCCGAUUUCAGCUGGCUUGAUCUAUUUGACCCGAAUAAGCCAGUGGAAGGAUUCCAUUUGGCAGACUUCAAAAAGGUCCCCGCUUCCGAGUUUGAUCGAUAUGCCGACUCUCUGAGGUAUCGACAGGUACCUCAAUGGUUGAUCGAUGCCCUUGAGAGGGGUAUCGGCGUCCACCACGCAGGAAUGAAUCGCAAGUACCGUCAAAUCUGUGAAAUCCUCUUCAGAAAAGGCUUUUUGCGAGUUGUCAUUGCGACUGGUACUUUGGCCUUGGGUAUCAACAUGCCAUGCAAAACGGUCGUCUUCUCGGGAGAUUCCAUCUUUUUGACAGCCCUAAACUUCCGACAAGGUGCCGGAAGAGCAGGCCGACGUGGCUUCGAUGUGUUGGGAAAUGUCGUUUUCCAGCAGGUCCCCUCUGGUAAAGCGAAACGGCUAAUCAGUUCGAGACUCCCCAGUCUGACCGGCCAUUUCCCUAUCACUACCAGUCUGGUGUUGCGACUCUUCAUCUUGCAGCAUGGCUCCAACAGAGCCGCAGCUGCUGUGAAAUCAAUCAACUCGAUACUGUCAUGUCCUCGGAUCUACCUCGGUGGCCCUGAGAUGAAGGAUACGGUUCUGCAUCAUCUCCGAUUCUCCAUCGAGUAUCUUCGAAGGAGUCACCUUCUCACCAUGAGCGGAUCGCCUAUGAACUUCGCAGGCUGUGUCUCUCACCUGUACUACACAGAGAACUCCAGCUUUGCUUUCCACGCCCUGUUGCAGUCGGGAUACUUGCAAGAGCUUUGCAAAGACAUUGAGCGAAAGCCCGAGCGAACAGUCCGAGACUUGAUGCUAGUAAUGGCACACUUGUUUGGACGGAUCCCUCUGCGCCGAUCUACGCUAGAGUGGUACCAGACCACGGCAAAGAAACCAUCCUCGAUGGUGGCUCUUCCACCUCUGCCCAAGAAGGCAGUCUCUGCCCUACGUUCUCACAACCAACAGGUUCUCGAUAUCUAUUCGGGAUAUGUCUCCGCUUUCGUCAGCCAGCAUGUCCAAGAACCAGACCGUUACCUGCCAUUCAGUGGGAACAAGUGCGGUGGAGAAAGGUCCACCGAGGAACUCGGCUUCUCGCAGUUUGACCAUAUCAGCACAUCGAUCGUAUCGCCAUUCUACGGGCUCUCAGGCAACGGUGAUAUCUGCGACACGGUCCAUGAUCUCAGCGAGAUGGUCCGCAGCGGAGUCUGGCUCGAAGAUUCAGUCAUCCCGUAUGUGGCCGUUUCAGCCAAAGAGAACGCGACGCCGCUCAAUGCAUACUUGUUUGACUUCUUCAAACAUGGUAUGGUCUCUCAAUUGGAGACUGAGAACCACAUCCGCCGUGGAGAUGUCUGGUACUUGCUGAACGACUUCUCGUUGGUCCUCGCGACCGUCAAGACUAGCAUUGAGGGCUACCUUAAUCCCGGAGGCAAUAUCGAUGCAGAACUGCUCGAUCUCACUGGCGGUGGUGAUAUCCAAGAGAGUACCGUGGAAGAAAAGGCCAUCGAUCUGACGGAUGCUGGAAAUGAAGCCAAGGCCAAUCUACAGUCCGCUGGCCUUCCUGAAAAAGCCGCUCCUGUGAAGCCCCUCGUGCGUUCCCGUGCGAAGGUGGUCGUGGAUAGCUGGGAGGAUGAACCGGAGGAGGAAGAACCCGUGAAACCUACUGCUGCAGCCCUCCGCAAUGCGGAAAAGGCUAUGGAAGGCCCGGAUAAAUCCAUGUUCUUGGUUGCUCGGGCGUUCAGAGAACUACAUGCUGAGUUUGAUGCUAAGUUCAGGGCGAUGUGGGCGUAA